AAGACUUCCGGUAUCAAAUUGGCAAAAAAUUUGAAUCCUUCUCCAUUCAACCUCUGAUAUUACUUCGGUCUUUAUUUUUACAUAACAACAGAAGCGUAUACGGCAAUCAUAUUUCCAAGCCGAGGGAACCAUGAAUGAUGAUACCUGCACAUUAUUUCAAAAAGUCGCAAAAAAGAUGGGAUGGGCCGAAGAAGGACUUGAAACUGCAGGAAAAAGGCUCAUGAACACGAUUGGCAAGACUCGUCAUUGCGCCACAAGCAGUCAUCGACCUGCGGAUCCAUCAGCCUCCUAUGUCAAGCUUUCCUUUACUGACAGUGAUGAUGAUCCUGAGAAAGAGAACCAGUUUUUCACGGGCAACAAUUACAGAACCAAGGCUUUAGUGGAGUCUAGUGAUGAUGACUUUGACCAAUUUAUUGUUGGAAAAGCUACACCAAAAGCUAAACCUAGCUCAAAAACACCAUUAAGUGCUGCAAAGAAAGAAAGUUUAAAGGUUCUUGUAGUAAGCUCAGAUGAUGAUGAUGGAAGUUUUGAGACAUUUUUGCAACGAGUGAAAACGCCUAAUGUUAAGCUGAAGAAAAAAUCAGAAAGUGGGAGUGAAGACAGUCUCAAAAACUUUAUAGUGGAUGACUUGUCAUCAGAUGAUGACUUUCUUGAGACAAAACCAUCUGUUAAAGUGCCUAAGAAGAGCAAUGCUCCAACUUCUCAGCAUCCACUGAGAAAACCACUGUCUCAGUGUGACUCCCCCGUCUUUGUUAGCGACAGCGAUGAUGAUGACAAUAUAGUGAUUAAAAGCACAUGGAGGACUCGCCACUCAAAACCAAAGCCAUCACAGAAGACUUCGAAGACUGGUGCUUUGCCUUGUGACGAAGAGGACACUUCCCCAUCAAUGCCUUUGCUCCCCGUCCCUUCCCCUUUUUUACUCCCCCCUCACAGAACUCCAACUUCACUUGCUUCUCCAAAACGCACAUUUUCAGCGCCUGCAAAGCUGGAGGAGUCAGAAAGUUCUGAGGAAGAGUUUACAUCUCUGCUUGACAGGCUGAAAAGGAAAAACAAGCUUGGUAGCUCGUUGUCGCCUAAGAACACAGAUGAAAGAAGUAAGGAGCUCCCUGUGCCAGUUCCAGCUGCAAAGGGGCUCACAACGCCAGCCUCAAAGUCCAUAAGUGAACCCCCUCUUCACAUGAAGACACCAGGAAAAUCCACCAUAGUGAAGCCCACAGUCAGUCAGACAGAGCCCAGAUCUGGCCCCACCAGCAGGCUGUUACUGUGCAAGACUCCUGGGUGCUUUCUGCAGUCCUUAUCAAACCCUGAUGUCAAUUAUGGGCGCAAUUUUAAGCAGAACAAAGAAGAACUCACCAGCAGGCUCUUCAAGCUGUACAACACCACUGUGUUUGACAUGAAGCUCCCUAUCAAUAUGUCAGUUACUUGGAAUAAGAAGAUGCGGAAAACAGCAGGUUACUGUAUCACAGGGCAAGAGAGAGGUGGAGGGAGCCGCUAUGCCCGCAUCGAGCUGUCAGAAAAAGUCUGUGAUUCUGCAGAUCGUCUCAGGGAUACUCUGAUUCAUGAAAUGUGUCACUCUGCCACCUGGCUGAUAAAUGGUGUACGGGAUGGGCAUGGAAACUUCUGGAAGCUGUAUGCCCGCAAGGCCACAUUGAUGCAUCCUGAGCUGCCCAUGGUUACUCGCUGCCACAGUUAUGAAAUCAAAUACAAAUUCCAGUACCAGUGCACCCGCUGCAAAAACAUGAUCGGACGACAUUCCAAGUCCCUGGACACACAAAGGUUUGUGUGCGCCCUCUGCACAGGACAACUGGUUUUGCUGACCCCAUCCAAACCACGGGCCCCCACGCCUUUUGCCAACUUUGUCAAAGAGAAUUAUGGGACUGCGCGUCAGGAGCUAGCAGGACAGAGUCAUGCGGAGGUGAUGCGAAAACUAAGUGCAGACUUUGCCUCCAAGACAAAACUCAGUCAGAGCUGAGAACUAGAGGCUCACAAUAACCUACCAUCAUGAACUGAGCUGCACAAUGAAAGGAAACAUUACCCUACUCCAUAAUACCUCAAAAUGUGUUUUUUUUCUUUCUGUAUUUGUCAGUGUGACUAGUGACUGGAAAGUCUGAGCCUCAGCAAAUUCCUGUUCCUCUGUGUGUGUGUUUAGUUUGUUUUAGUGUUUGUGUCUGAGGCUUUGCUGAGGAAUGAAAGCUGUAAUCCUUGGUACCCUUUAUACUUGAGAAAUUUUCAUAGGGAAUUUGCUUGUAACAAGAGAAAAUGUAUGAUGAGAUCUGCAUAUUUUUUUUAUGUUUUGAAAGUUGGAUUUGCUUGUCAGAACUGAAUAAAUAAAACUUGUGUCAUUGUA